GGACCACAGCAUUCAGCAAAAGCUACGCACAAUACCAGCCGCGAGGACAGCCUGCUUCUCCUUCAUAUUCUACCUCCAUCGGGUUGAGCUUGGUUUAGGAUAGCCUGAGAGCUCUUUAGACGACUGUGCUGAAUAAUAUUUCCUGGGGGUGGAAGAGGCUCUGUGGCAUAACGGAGCUGUGUGAAUCAUGCCAAGUGCAGCACACACUGAAGAUAAGGAUGCAGUGGGGAGAGCUCUCUCGAUGUUGGCAAACUCGCAGUGGGAAAGUCUGCUAAAUUAAAACCCAUUAAGGACAGGUGACCCUUCUAACUAGCACCUACAAAUGUGACCACCCUAAUGUUCCUGCAGAACACUCAAAAGCUCAUGCUAAAAAAAACUGUUGCAAAACUAAAAGGAAAAGGCAUAUUUCCAACAUGGAGGGUGUAGCAGUGGACAACUUAACAGACUUUGCCCUGGCCUCGGAGGCCACAGCUCUUUGCAUUAAAGGAGGCCAGCACCAAGGCCAUACAGACAUUUUCUCCCCAGAGCAGGCUCCUUCCAUGGAAUUCCAGCAGCAGCCCUUACUGCCAGAGCCCACAUCGCCAGCCAAGCCCAGCUCCCAGCAGCAGCCCCCAGAUGAGGGCCACAAUCACAGCGAUGCCACAGAGUCGGCGUACAGCGGGGACGACAUGGAGGCGCCCGCUCACAUGGGGGGGCUGAGGCGGUCCUCGUCUUCGUCUACUCACAGUGGAGAGGAAUCUGACAGGGUGGAGAGGAGGCACUUCAUGAAGGCUUAUGUGGAGAAGGUGUUUCAUGGAAAGGAGGACUUUGACCAGGAAGAGAAGGCUCGUUUUGGGGAGCUGUGCAUUGGAGAGAAUGGCAAAGGCAGGGAGUGGUUUGCCAAAUACGUCAGCGCACAGCGCUGUCAUUCCAAGUGUGUGAGUGAAGCCACCUUCUACAGACUGGUGCAGUCAUUUGCAGUUGUACUGUUUGAAUGUUACCAGAUGGAUGACUACAGCCCAGCCAAAAACCUCAUGACUAUGUGCUUCACGUACUACUACAGUGGGAAGUCCCAGCCGUCUCCCUCCGAGCUGUUGGACCGUGGUAGUCCUCCAGCCGCUGUGGACUCCUACAUCAACAAGGCCAACUCCUGGCUUUCUGUGAAGAAGGAUGCAGCUGAGCGCCUCCUCAAAAGCUCAUCCAAGAAUGAUGUGAAAGGCUUCUUUGGAGGCCUAGAGAACAAGCUGAGAGGCUCAAUGGCUCCUAAGACUGAGGAUGGGGAAAGCCCUGUCGAGACAAAGCCCAAAGCACCAGUGUCUGAGGCUCCAGAGGAGAAGAAAGGAGAGAAGGUGUACCUGUACAUCCACCUGAAGCAGCAACCCAUCUGGCAUACACUUAGGUUUUGGAAUGCUGCUUUUUUUGAUGCCGUCGAUUGUGAAAGGAAGAAAAGAUCCCCCACCACGAGGGAGAAGUGGUGUCACAUGACCCAGGAGGAGAGGGACGACAGCUCCAAGAUGGACGAGAACAUCGCCUUCGGCCAGCUGGGGACAUUCACUCAUAACAUGCUGGCGUUUGGGCUCAGUAAGAAGCUUUGCAAUGACUUCCUGAAGAAGCAGGCGGUCAUUGGGAGCCUGAAUGAAGAACAGUACAAGUUGCUGAGUGACCACAUAGAGAAAAUGGCGUCAGAGUAAGUUUGAGGAUGCGACUCGAAGUCUCCACAGAACAGAUUAACAACAUGAGAAGUUUAUCCGCAACCCACAGACCAACUCUCCGUUUGACUGUUGAUGCAUCUGUGUGCUACACUGCUGAAUAUCAUAUUAACCUACAAUACUGAAGUGUUCCCCAGCAGAACCCUGCUCCUCUGCACCCGGCCAUGUAUCAGCAAUAAUACAACAUCAUCAGCUAGUGCAAACUUGAAUACACUUACAAACUUCCUAAUGUGAUGUACUUGGAAAAGAACUUGGAGCAUAAAGUAAAACCGUCUUGAAUAAAACA